AAUGAGUAUAAAUGUGAAUCACAAAAAAAUUCCUUGUAUUUUGUGUAGUUGGCUACUCAGCUUCAGAAGACUGCUUCUUCUACUCCUUCCUAACUCUUACUCACAGAAAAUGGACCCUUCAACAACAAUACCUUUCUUCAUUCUUCCUUCAAUCUAACAAACAAACAAAUUAUCCCUUAUUUUCCUCUUAAACCCUGUCAUACUGCAGAAUACCUCCUCUUACUCUCUCUGUUUGCUGACAAGUUCUUUUCUCCCCCCUUUUUUUUUUCUCUCUUUUUAUUAGGUCAAAUUUCUGAUUCUUCAACCCCUUUUUAAUUUCCUUGUUUUUCUCACCAACAUUUAUACCCUUUUUUCAUCAAAGUCAAAAUCUUAUUUGGGUAUAAAGAAAAAUUCAGAGGAACAAUUAUAAAACUUUCCCCUGUUUUUUACCUCUGUUUUUCCCCUGUUUUUUCCCCUUCUAUUUUCUGUUUUUUAGAUUGAAUUUUGUAAUGAUGGGUGUUCAAAAGUUGUAUUUUCCUAAAUCCCAAUUCAUUUUUCUUUUCAGAAAAAUGAUUUUAUUAAUCAGGAUUUUAUGGGUGUCUUUCUUUACUCUAUUUGGUAUGACAAGGAAAUGUAUUUUUAGAUUAAUAAAUCAUCAAAAGGAUUCGAAUUUUAAGUUGAUUCAACCACAAGAAGAACAUCAAACUAAUGACAAAAUUGAGGUUGAAAGUAAAAUUGAGGAGGAAUCAGAGCCAGUUCUCAGGUUUCGUUUUCCAACUUUUGAAGAAUUUCUUCAAAAAAAUGAUAUUAAUAAUAAUGAUGCUCAAUCUACAAGUUACUCAAAAUUAUGUGAAAAUUCAGAUGAAAAUGUUGUUCAUCACGUUGAGUCUAAAGAUGAUUGUGUGGAAUCUGAAAUCGAUUCGACUGUGAAAGCUUCCCAUGAAUUCUUACAUGUUGAAGAGAUUUCCAAGCGCGGAAUUGGUUCAGAAAGUGAGGUUUUUGGUAGUGAGAAAAAUGGGAUUAUAUUUGAUGAAUUUCUUCAUGUUGAAAAUGUUAUGGAAAAUAUUUUAAAUGAAAUGAAAAUUGAAAAUGGUGAAGAAUUGUGUGAAAUGGUAAAUGAUUCGACGAAUAAGAUGAAUGUUGUGAAAAAUGGUAGUGAGGUUCCUAGUGAUGCUAAGUCCUUGGUGAAUGAUUUGUGGAAUGAUGAAGAUAUCAUGAGAAGUGGCAGUCAUCUUCCUAGUGAUGCUAAGUCCUUGGUGAAUGAUUCGACGAAUGAUGAAGAUAUCAUGAUAAAUGGUACUGAGGUUCCUAGUGAUGCUAAGUCCUUAGUGAAUGGUUCGAAGAAUGAUGAAGAUAUCAUGAGAAAUGGUAGAGGUGAUGCUAAGUCCUUAGUAAAUGAUUCGAUGAAUGAUGAAGAUAUCAUGAAAAAUGGUAGUGAGGUUCCUAGUGAUGCUAAGUCCUUGGUGAAUAAUUUGACGAAUGAUGAAGAUAUCAUGAGAAAUGGCAGUCACCUUCCUAGUGAUGAUGAGUCUCUAGUGUCGGAUUUGAGCAGUGAGUCUAGCUUUAGGAGUUCGUUUAUUGAUUCUUUUAGUGAUGAAUUUUUGUCUGAUAUUGAUUUCGAGAGGGCAUUUGAGGUUGAUACUUCGACGGAAUUUGGUUGGAAUGAGGUUAAUUUAACUAAGGAAGCCUUAGAACAAGAAGAUUUAGAGUUUCAAAAUUUGAGCAAAGGGUAUGAAGCUGAUGAUUUCGAUGAUGAGGAUGAUGAUAUACUAAACGAGCUCAAGAAAUUAGAGUCCAAUUUAGAAGGUGAUGAUAAUGGUGAUUCCAACAAAGAGCAUCAAGCAAACAUGGAAACUGAACCAGAAACCAAACAAGAGGAAGAAAAACAAAGUUCAGGAGAACAAUUAUCUUCAGAUUCUGAUGAGCAAAAUGGGCUUGAAACACAAUGGGAGCAUCAAGAUUUAGUAGAACAGUUAAAAAUGGAGAUUAAGAAAGUUCGAGCUAUAGGUCUUCCAACUAUCUUAGAAGAAUCUGAGUCCCCGAAAAUCAUGGAUGAUUUAAAGCCGUGGAAGAUUGAAGGGAAGUAUAAACCAGGCGGUACAUUGGAUGAAUUAAACAAGUUUUACAAGAGCUACAAAGAAAGGAUGAGGAAAUUGGAUAUCCUUAACUACCAAAAGAUGUAUGCAAUUGGAUUUCUUCGGCUGAAAGACCCACUUAAAUCAAUUUCGAAGAACAGAAUUUCAACCCCGGCAUUGGCAACAAUUGUUUCCCUUGACUGCUGGCCUUGUAAGCCGAAAAUAUCAACAGAAAUUAACCAGCCAGUUAUGAAGAAAUUCAGCAGAGAACUAGAGAGCGACUUGGAGAUGGUGUAUGUAGGACAGAUGUGCCUGUCAUGGGAGUUCCUACGAUGGCAGUAUGGUAAGGCAUUGGAUUUAUGGGAGACCGAUCCACAUGGUAUACACCGGUACAAUGAAGUUGCUGAUAAAUUUCAGACAUUCCAAGUUCUUCUGACAAGAUUUUUAGAGGAUGAGCGUUUUCAAGGUCCAAGGGUGCAGAAUUAUGUCAAAAAUCGAUGUGUUCAACGAAAUCUUCUCCAAGUUCCUCUCAUUCGAGAUGAUAAUGCAAGUAGAAAGAAAGAAAAAAAAUACGUCAGCAGCAAAGAUGCCGUAACAAGUUUACAGCUUGUUGAGGUCAUUGAGGAUUCAAUUCGUGUAUUAUGGCGGUUUAUCAAAUCUGAUAAAGACACGACCUACAUAGGUCUGUUAAAAUGUCGAAAAAACUCCAAUGUUGAACUCCAAAAUCCUGCAGAUGCCAGUCUCUUAGAUGAAAUUCAGUCCAGUCUUCAAAAGAAAGAAAAGAAGCUCAAAGAUCUAGUAAGGAGCGGGAAGUGUGUACUGAAAAAAAUCCAGAAGCAUCAGCAGGAAGAAGGUUCAGACCAUGUUUUAUAUUUCUUUUCGCAGGUUGAUUUGAGACUCGUUUCAAGGGUAUUGAACAUGCCAAGAAUAACUACAGAGCAAUUAGUUUGGUGCAGCGAUAAGCUUAACAAGAUUCGCUUGGUUGACAGAAAAUUGCACGUAGAUACCUCAGUAGUUUUGCUGUUUCCUUGUUAAUAGUGGUAAAACCAAUGAUAUAUUAAGUGGUAAAAAUAAGGAUGUUGCCAAGUUAGAUAUAUAGAGAUUUUUGUAUAGUUAGAAUGUGAAUAAAAAGAGGUUCUUUUUUAG